GAAGAAGAAAAUUAUGAUGUAGCCAAGCACAAUCGGUCCUGCUCUCUUGAGUACAAAACCUGCAGUGGAACAAAGUGAGAAUAGCAGAAGACAUUAAACACUAUUCAGUGCUUUUUCCCAGAGCUUGUGUGUUGCCUUCUGUGAUCCUACACUCUUCUCUUCAGGUGUUCAGUCAAGGUACAGCAAGCUUUCAAGAUGGGCUGCUUUGGAUUUUUGAAAAUAAUGAUGUUUCUUUUUAAUGGCAUCAUUUUUCUUGCAGGAGCAGGUAUUCUGGCAGUAGGAAUCUGGGUGAAGGUAGACAGUGGUUCCAUCUUGGGGCUUUUGCAGAAUUUGAAUAAUGGACCUCCUGAGCUGAAGCAGGUGUUGAAUGUUGGCUAUCUGCUGAUUGCUGUUGGAGCUGUGCUGCUGCUGCUCGGCUUCCUGGGCUGCUGUGGUGCUGUGCGAGAAAGCAAGUGCAUGCUGCUGAUGUUCUUCGUCAUCAUCCUGAUAGUCUUCAUUGUUGAGGUUGCUGGAGCCAUUGUGAUUUUGGUUUUUAAGGGAGUGAUACAAACCACGAUAAGCCAAGUGGGAGUCACAAUUGUGGACAGCAUUCGAAAGGACUAUGGAAAAAAUGCUGAUGUUACUGGUCUGUGGAACACGACCAUGACCGUGCUAACCUGCUGUGGAUUUAACAACUACACAGAUUUUACAGGAUCCCCUUUUGUCCAAAACACCUCACUCUAUCCACAGCAGUGCUGUAAAACUGGGCCCUGUAGAGAGUACAACGCUACAGUUUCGAACAUCAGUGGAUGUUACCCAGCACUGAUUAAAGUAUUUGAAGCAAAUUCGAUUGUCAUCAUAGCUGUGGCCUUGGGUAUUGCAGCUCUUGAGCUUAUUUCCAUGAUUGUCUCCAUGACACUGUAUUGUAAAAUAAAGGCCAAAGACUCCUGAAACCUGAAGAAAAGAUGAGCCAGACAGUCAUUUUCAGUACAGACCACUUAUUUUUUAGACCAUUUGUGUUUAGAUUUUUGAAGAUGAAAUUACAUUUUUAUGUACUG